AUGGCUCGCCUGGCCGAUUACUUCGUCCUCGUAGGCUACGACCCCGGCAAACGCGGGAGCGGGGAUGGCCAGGGACAGAUCCUGCAGCGCUUCCCAGAGAAGGAUUGGGAGGACAACCCCUUUCCACAGGGCAUUGAGCUGUUCUGCCAGCCCAGCGGCUGGCAGCUGUUCCCCGAGAUGAACCCUCCCAGCUUCUUCGUGGCCGUGCUGACCGACAUCAACUCCGAGCGCCACUACUGCGCCUGCUUCACCUUCUGGGAGCCCCUGGACACCACGCAGGCUCAAAGCCACCCCAGGAAUGGUGAGGAGGAGGAGGAAGAGGAGGAACCAUCAUCUCCUGUUCAACCCACACAGCUCUUUGCUCCCAAAAGCUUGGUGCUGGUGUCACGCUUGGACCAUGCUGAGGUGUUCAGGAACAGCCUGGGCUUGAUCUACACCAUCUACGUGGACGGGAUGAGCGUGGCCUUGGAGAGCGUGGUGGGCAACCUCCUCACCUGCACCAUCCCCAUCACUGGAGGAGCUCAGCCUGACCUGGAGGACGAAGCAGCGAGGACCAUCUGCCUAGGAGCAGGGGACAGGCAGGUCAUCCAGACCCCCAUCAACGACUCCUUGCCCGUCAGUAGCUGCAGUGUGGCCCUGCUCUUCCGACAGCUUGGCAUCACCAACGUGCUGUACCUCUUCUGCGCGGCGCUGACGGAGCACAAGAUCCUCUUCCUCUCCAGCAGCUACCAGCGGCUGACCGACGCCUGCCGCGCUCUCCUGGCCCUGAUGUUUCCCCUCAAGUACAGCUUCACCUACGUGCCCAUCUUGCCUGCACAGCUCCUGGAGGUCCUGAGCACUCCAACACCCUUCAUCAUUGGGGUCCACUCCAUCUUCCAGUCGGAGACCCAAGAACUGCUGGAUGUGGUCAUUGCAGACCUGGAUGGUGGGACUGUCAAUGUCCCCGAGUGUGUCCACAUCUCCCUGCUGCCUGAACCUCUGCUCCAGCAGACCCGGGAAGCCCUCUCCAUGGUCCUGGACCCAGAGCUGGAAGUGGCUGACCUUGCCUUCCCCCCCUCAACCAUCUCUGCCUCUUCUCUCAAAAUGCAGGACAAGGAGAUCCGCGCCGUCUUCCUGCGGCUGUUUGCUCAGCUGCUGCAGGGCUAUCGCUGGUGCCUGCACAUCAUCCGCAUCCACCCCGAGCCUGUCAUCCGCUUCCACAAGGCAGCCUUCCUGGGGCAGAGGGGGCUGACAGAAGAUGACUUCCUCACCAAGGUGCUGGAGGGCAUGGCCUUCGCCGGCUUCGUCACAGAGCGGGGUGCCCCCUACCGCGCCAUUGACCUAUUCGAUGAGCUUGUGGCUUAUGAAGUGAAGCGCAUGAAGGCAGAAGAGGGGAACAAGCAGAAGAUCCUAAGGCACAUCAAGGAACUGGCAGAGAAGCUGUACAAAAAUGAGAACCCCUACCCAGCAGUGACCAUGCACACAGUGAAGAAGCCCAAGGAAGGCCACCACUUGCGGGUCCAGCAGAAGCCUUUCCCCAGGCUGGAUGAGGGCUUGGUGCAGUGGAUCAUCGACCAGGCCACCGCCAAGCUGCAGACAGCUCCUCCAGCUGUGAAGGCUGAGGUGAAGUGCAUGGUGCCAUCAGGACCUCCCAUCGCUGCCAUCAUGGAGCGCAACGGCAAUGCCAUGGCCAACAGCGCCCGGCGCCUGGAGGUGGUCAGGAACUGCAUCUCCUACGUCUUUGAGAACAAGAUGUUGGAAGCCAAAAAGCUGUUCCCAGCUGUGCUGCGGGCCAUGAAGGGCCGAGCAGCUCGGCAGUGCCUGACCCAGGAGCUGAACCUCCAUGUCCAGCAGAACAGGGCCGUGCUGGACCACCAGCAGUUCGACUUCGUCAUCCGCAUGAUGAACUGCUGCCUGCAGGACUGCACAGCCAUGGACGAGCAUGGGAUCGCGGCAGCGCUCCUGCCGCUAGUCACCGCCUUCUGCCGGAAACUGAGCCCAGGCAUCACGCAGUUUGCCUACAGCUGCGUGCAGGAGCACGUGGUGUGGACCAACAUCCAGUUCUGGGAGGCCAUGUUCUACUGCGAUGUCCAGAACCACAUCCGGGCCUUGUACCUUGACAGCACUGAGGAGAACCACAUGGAGGAGGAGGAAAGCCAAGAAGCCAAGUCUGCCCUGGAGAUAGCAUCUGAGCAGUUGAGGUUGUGGCCCACCAUGAGCAAGGAGAAGCAGCAGGAGCUGAUCCAGAAGGAGGAGAGCACAGUCUUCAGCCAGGCCAUCCACUACGCCAACCGCAUGAGCUACCUUCUGCUGCCCCUGGACACCAGCAAGAACCGACUGCUCCGCAGCUCAGGACUGGGAGACGUGGAGAGUGUCAGCAACAGCUUCGUCACCAACAGCAUCGCCGGCAGCGUGGCCGAGAGCUACGACACAGAGAGCGGCUUCGAGGACGCCGAGAGCUCGGACGUGGCCAACUACGUGGUGAGGUUCAUCAACCGCUUCGUGGACAAGGUCUGCACCGAGAGCGGCGUCACCAACGAGCACCUCAAGGGGCUGCACGUCAUGAUCCCAGAUAUCGUGCAGAUGCACAUAGAGACCUUGGAUGCUGUCCACAGGGAGAGCAAGAGGCUUCCUCCCAUCCAGAAGCCCAAGCUGCUGCGGCCCAACCUGCUGGUGGGUGAGGAGUGUGUGAUGGAGGGGCUCCGUGUGUACCUCAUGCCUGAUGGGCGGGAGGAAGCUGCUGGAGGAAAUAUUGGUGGUCCACCUCUGCUCCCUGCAGAAGGAGCCAUCUUCCUCACCACCUACCGCAUCAUCUUCAAAGGGACACCCACAGACCCACUGGUGGGGGAGCAGGUGGUGAUCAGAUCCUUCCCCAUCGCCUCGCUGACCAAAGAGAAGAAGAUCAGCAUCCAGGCCCAGGUGGAUCAGUUCAUCCAGGAGGGCUUGCAGCUCCGCUCCUGCACAUUCCAGCUUCUGAAGAUUGCCUUCGACGAGGAGGUGGCUUCGGAGAGUGCCGAGAUCUUCCGGAAGCACCUCCACAAGCUGCGCUACCCCCAGCACGUGCGUGGCACCUUCGCCUUCACCGUGGGCCAGGCCCCCAAGCAGGCCAUGCAGCCCAAGCCCAAGGAGAAGAACCCUUCCCUCAGGACGCUGUCCAAGAACCUGGUGAAGAACGCCAAGAAGACCAUCGGCCGGCAGUAUGUGACCAGGAAGAAAUACACCCCACCCACCUGGGACCAGAGGAGCAGCCAGCACUUCCCAGAGGACAACGAGGAUGAGAUCUCAGUGUCUGAAGAGAUGGACAGAAGCACUUUGACCCCCAGCACCACCAUCAGACCUUCAGACAAGAUGACCAUCAACCACCUGGUGGAGCGAGCCUGCUGCAGGGACUACCAGCGGCUGGGGCUGGGCACCCUCAGCAGCAGCCUGACGCGCUCCAAGAACGAACCCUUCCGCAUCUCCACCGUCAACCGCAUGUACGCCAUCUGCCGCAGCUACCCCGGGCUGCUGAUCGUGCCGCAGAGCAUCCAGGACAACACCAUCCAGCGGAUCUCGCGCUGCUACCGCCAGAGCCGCUUCCCGGUGGUCUGCUGGCGCAACGCCCGCACCAAGGCCGUGCUGCUGCGCUCCGGGGGCCUCCACGGCAAGGGCGUCGUGGGGCUCUUCAAGUCCCAGAACGCUCCCACCCCAGGCCCCUCUCAGACGGACUCCACCAGCCUAGAGCAGGAGAAGUAUCUGCAGGCUGUCAUCAACUCCAUGCCUCACUACGCCGAUGCUGGUGGCCGCAACACCUUGAGUGGCUUCACCUCGGCCCACAUGAGCAGCACCGAUCUGUCCGACAGGAGACAACCCAAGCUGGGAUCCCUCAUGAAGCAGGUGAUGGGAGGGAAGGACGAUGGGCCCGGGACAAUUAGCCGUGGAGGGCUCGCUCACCGAGCUCGUGUCAUCACCCUGUCCACCCCCAAGUGCGUGUCUCCAAAGGGCCGUGAGACCCCCCGAGGGAAGUGGGGCAGCAUCCGGGCCAGCGGCCGCAUGAGCAGCUACGCCCUCAACGUGGACAUCGGGUCCCGGCUGGCCGGGAAGGACCUCCUGGGGACCCAGCACAACGGCACCCCCUCGGAGGCCACCUUCCUGCGGCCACACCGCGCCUCCCUUUACAUCAUCGGGGACAAGUCCCAGCUGAAGGGGGUGAAGCCAGACCCGCUGCAGCACUGGGAGGUGGUGCCCAUCGAGGUCUUCGAUGUCAGGCAGGUGAAAGCCAGCUUCAAGAAAUUGAUGAAGGCCUGCGUGCCAGGCUGCCCUUACAUUGAUCCCAGCGUCACCUACUUGAGGUCUUUGGAGGAGUCUGAAUGGUUGUCCCAGAUCCACAAGAUCCUGCAGAUUUCAGUGUUGGUAGUGGAGCUCCUGGACACGGGUUCCUCUGUGCUCGUCAGUCUGGAGGACGGCUGGGACAUCACCACACAGGUGGUGUCCUUGGUGCAGCUGCUGUCAGACCCCUACUACCGGACGCUGGAGGGCUUUCGCCUGCUGGUGGAGAAGGAGUGGUUGUCCUUUGGCCACCGCUUCAGCCACCGUGGAGCCCAGACGUUGGCCGGCCAGAGCAGUGGCUUCGCCCCCAUCUUUCUGCAGUUCCUGGACUGUGUCCACCAGAUCCACCUGCAGUUCCCCAUGGAGUUUGAGUUCAGCCAAUACUACCUGAAGUUCCUCAGCUACCACUACAUCUCCAACCGCUUCCGGACUUUCCUGCUGGACUCGGACUACGAGCGCAUCGAAUUGGGUCUCCUGUACGAGGAGAAGGGUGAGAAGAAGAGCCAGCAGGUCUGCAAGUCCAUCUGGGACUACAUCGAGCGGCUGAACAAGAAGGCUCCUGUCUUCUUCAACUACAUGUAUGCUCCUGAGGACGGGGAGGUGCUGAGGCCGUACAGCAACAUCUCCAACCUGAAGGUGUGGGACUACUACACGGAGGAAACCCUUUCUGAGGGCCCUUCCUACGACUGGGAGCUGACUCAGGGGCAGGUGGAGCAGGUGGAGGAGGACAGGCAGGACACCAGCGCUCCCCAGACCAAGCGCAGGAUCAUCUGGCCCUGCUAUGACAACCGUGGCCGCACGGAGCCCGAUGCCAUCUCCAAGCUGCUGGAGGAGCUGCAGAACCUGGAGAUGGAGCUGGGGCAGGUCCCAGAGCGCUGGAAGGAGACCUGGGACAAGGUGAAAGCCUCGCAGCGCAGCGAGGCGCGGCAGGAGGGCAGCAGGACCCCCAGCUCCCUGCUAAUGUCCUCUGGCCUGUCCCACCACCGGCGCUCCCUGGGGGUCUACCUGCAGGAGAGCGGAGUGGGCUCCAGCCUGAACCUGAGCCUGGACAGCGACACCAGCAGCACCUCCACUCCCUCCAGUGGCAAGCAGGGUGGCCGCAGGAGCACCUCCACCCUCUACAGCCACUUCCAGAUGUCCGAGAGCGAGAACAGGUCCUAUGAGGGGUCUCUCUACAAGAAAGGAGCCUUCAUGAAGCCCUGGAAGCCUCGCUGGUUCGUGCUGGAUAAAACCAAACAUCAGCUGCGGUACUACGACAGCCGGAUGGACACGGAGUGCAAAGGGGUCAUCGACCUGGCCGAGGUGGAGUCCAUCACCCCAGGAACCCCCACCAUGGGAGCUCCCAAGACCGUGGAUGAGAAAGCCUUCUUUGAUCUGAAGACCACGAAACGCGUUUACAACUUCUGCGCCCAGGACGUGCAGGUGGCCCAGCAGUGGAUCGACCGCAUCCAGAGCUGCCUGUCGGACGCCUGAGCAGAGCCUCCCGAGGAGCCUCACAACUCCCUGCACAGACACCUCCCGGGCCCUGACCCCGCGGA